AUGCAAGUCGAGGUCACGGAGGAAAACACUUUUGAUUCCGUCCGAACGUGCCUCGAAGGAUAUCAAUCAGCCGCUUCAGUCGAUGUGAAUCAGACCCUUUUCCCAAAAGUAAUCACACAACGCCAAUUCAGGCUACUGGAUGUCGAGAUAGCUAAGUUCGAUGGAACCCCGAAACGUUUAUGGAAGUUCCUUAGUAGCUUCAAGGCGGACGUAGCUGGCCACUCACUCAACGAUAGAGAGCGAUUAUGUUGUUUGAUACAUUUCUGUGUCGGCGAAGCCAGAGAAGCCAUUGAGGAGUAUGUGUUAUUGCCCAUGUCAGAAGAAUACUCGCGGGAGAUACAUAUUUUGGAAAUCCAAUUCGGAUGUCUGGAUGAUGUCGCUGAAGGUCUCCUGGAUGAAGUGUGCAGUGGAAGUAGACUCAAAGCAAGUGACGUCAAAGAUUUCACCCUCUUGUCCUGUGCGGCCGCCGAGACUUUGGGUAUUGAAGGUCUAGUUACGCGAAUCCGAGCCACUUCGCUAGCCGGAGCCACUUGUAAGACAACCUCGGAGGUAAACUUUGCGGUUCAGUCUUUAGAUAGCGAGCACCAGCUGCAAGUGGAGAAGGCCUACACGCUCGAGUCACUACCGAUUCAAGCAGCUUAUAACCCACACGAAACUAUGAAUUGCUAG